CUAUGGGGAGUACCCUGCGGCUUUUGCAGCUUGUUUUGAAAAUCAAGAAAUGUAUGAUAUUCUUGUUCGCCAUGGRGCUGAUCCCAACAGACAAGACACGUUUGGCAACACUGUGCUUCACCUUUGUGUGAUAUAUAACAGACUGGAUAUGUACAGACACGUUUUACGUAGAAAGCAUAAAACGCAAGCCGAUCCAUGGAAAGUGAAUCACGCUGGAAUGACGCCCAUAGCAMUGGCUGCUAAAUUAGGSAKGAAAGAUAUGUUUGAAAUGAUGCUGGAUAUAACAAGCCAGGAAUUCUGGUCUUUUGGAUAUAUGAAUUGCUCGGCCUACUCUCUCGAGGGACUAGACUCUAUCGAUAAAAAUGGAAAAUCGAACUCUAAGUCCGCUCUCGUGGUAACCCURAAUGGUGGUGAACGAGAACAUUUAGAGCUAUUAGACACAGGGAUCAUGUUUCGACUGUUAGAAGAGAAAUGGAAGGCUUUUGCUAAGAAAAAAUUCUAUGUUCGCCUGAUGUUUGCACUGCUUUAUCUGGUGGCGUUUAGCCUUUCUAUUUAUCUACGACCGAGGGACUUGAAGAUGAAAGUCUUGAAGAAUAAUCUCGAUAGACUUCGUGUGGCUAUGGAGGCUUGUACAGUUGUUGGAGCUUUAGUUUUCAUAUUUUUGGAGGUCAAAUUUGGAAUUAUCCAAGGUUUUGGAACUCAAUUUAGAUCUUUGUGGGAUGCUCCAGGCAAGGCUUUCUUUUUGAUAUCGUGUGUACUGGUGGUUAUAGCWUGUCCUCUUCGAUAUACCGAUCAAGUUGUCAUAGAAACACACCUSAUGAUAUUAGCUGCACCGAUGGCAUGGAGUUAUCUACUGUUUUUCUGUCGGGGUUUCAGUGCUAUUGGUCCGUUUGUUGGGAUGAUAUAUGCGAUGUGUGCUGGAGAUAUGACGCGGUUUUGUAUCAUAUAUUUUAUAUUUUUACUUGGAUGCGUACAAGCAUUCUCUUAUCUAAUGCAACACAUAGAGGGCUACCACAACGAACUAGAGACAUUUUUAACUCUUCUUCAAAUGACGUUUGGUGAUUUCAAUUACUCUGAUUUGGAGAAAUCCCAAUACGCAACUUUAUCGAAGUUUGUAUUUUUCUAUUUCAAUUUACUGGUCACUGUUCUGCUGUUAAACAUGUUGAUCGCCAUGAUGGCCAGUACCUAUCAAAGUAUUGCUGAUCAUUCUGAAAAGGAAUGGCGAAGACAGUGGGCUGAGAUAAUUUUAGUCAUCGAAAAGUCAAUCUCUCCUGAGGACCUGAUGCGUUACCAAGACGACUACUCGGUCAGCAUGACGAACAACGGCUCAAAAGAACGGUCGCGAGGAAUUAUGGUUAUCAAAAGGACAGACAGACGAACUAAAGCUGACACUAGGAAAGCAGCUAUUGAGAACUGGCGGAUCUUGGGGAAGAGUUCUAUAAAAUCCAAGCUACAGCAGCAGGCCUUGUCAUGACAUCAAAGCUCUAAAUGUAAACAAGCCUUGUCAACACUGGGUACCGACGGCUAGCAUUUGAUUGGACGUCUCAUCUCUACGCCAUCAGACAAACGGUUUGAAAUUGAAAUCUGUCAGAAAUGAAACAUCCUGCAAGAUUUAAUACCCUGGGUACCAAAGGAUUGAUUUACUCUCUCUUAUCCUUUAUUUACGAAGCGACGCACCGUAUCUGAGGCGACGGAACGUAAMUAUACUAUAAGAAAGAGUAAAUCCAGCCWUUUGGUACCCAGGGUUUCAAGAUUAGAACAAUCCUUGAGAAAAAAGUGACUAUUUUGUUGGGCAAAAAGACAUUAUUGGAGCGUAAAUUAAGUCUUCAUUGAUACUAAGRCUCUUAUGCUUAUUUACAAAUAAAUCAUUUCGGUCUUGUCGAUAAGAUAAUCAGAAGACGACAUAACUAGUUACAAUCUUGAGAUAGUGGGAGACUGGGUACUAGUUAUMUCAAAAGGAUUUGUGACCAUUCCCUAAAGGUUURAAAUAAUUUGUGCCCAGUCYCCAACGGUUAAAGAAAUUKGUGCCCAGUCUCAAAAGAUAUCUGAUAUAACACGGUAGUGUGGUCUAUAGGACAAAGGAUGUUUUGAUAUGAAACUUUAUUUUUAGAGUUCAGGAGUAAGAAUGAAAUGAUUAUUAAGCAARUCGGGAUCAAAACCGUUUUCACUGAUUUAAAGGAAGGGAAGUCGAAAAAUUGUACUUCGAGAUCAAAGUUAUCUGAUGUUGGAAUAACUGAAAGCAUCGUUUGCUAGAGUACAAAYAUAAAAUAUGUGCAACACUUUACACUAUUUACUACAAAAUAGUGUUAAUUAAACAAUAGAAAACAAAAGAAUUAGCAUAAUUUAGCAGUAYUUAGUGGUAUUYAUGUUGCACAGUUUUAGUGUUUGUACCCUGCUAUAAAGACUGAAUUAGAGUGAUCACACUUCCAACUGUCCAUAAUUUCCGUACCGCAUGCACGAUUUACUAAAUACAACUAAAUAGAACAAUUCAGUUUGUACAGUUGCACGGAUUAAGUGCAAUCACUCUAAUAUAAUUCUUAUAUAAAACGAAAACUAUUUUUGAAAUAAAAAUUUUUAUUCAUCAAA